UUGGAAAUCCAUUCCAGAUCUGAAACUUUGUCAUUGGGAUCUCUUCUCAUACAAAUUGGAUUGUUUAUCCUCGAUUCUCAGACCCUUUCUGAGGAUUGUAACUCAUCUUGCUACUGCUAUGGUUGCCAAAGAAGUGAUAGAACAACCUAAUGUCAACCUUGAAUCCCUAAAACAGGUGAUAUUAAAUCUUUUUAAUGCUCUUACUGCCUUAUCUACUGCUCCGGGUACCAAACCUUGGUAUUUCGAUUCUGGUUGUUGUAACCAUAUGUCUUCAAUUACUGCUCAUUUCUCUUCAAUUACUGCUCAUUUCUCUUCAAUGUCACCUAACAAUUCCUUUCCUGAUAUUUAUUCUGCUGAUGGUUCCCCUAUGAAUGACCUACGGACAGGACAACUUCUUGGAACUGGUCGCAAGGUGGGGCGUUUGUUUGAGCUCAACUAUCUGCAUAUUCCUGAUAAUAAAAUGGAUACACCAUCAUUUCCAAAUGAUCGAUUCAUUCAAACCCUGCUUUGUGCUAUUGAAUUAGAGUCUUUGCAAAUUCCAUAUCAACAAAUCUUCUAAGUCUGUGCUGCUACUAACAUUUCUCCUCUCCAUUUGUGGCACUCACGACUAGGACAUACCUCUGUCGGUAAACUUCGUCCACUUAUCUCUCGUGGUUUAUUAGGAUCAGUUCCGAAUGAAUCUGUGCAUUGUGU